AUGACCGCACUCAAGGCCACCGUUCACGCCCUCGCCCUCGCCCUCGCUACCACAAUCCCUAGUGCCACGCUAGGAUUCGCCGCACCAAAGGGGCCCGAGCCCAUCGAGUCCCUCCUGCGACCGGAAGCCGCCGCGGCAGCCCGGGAAUAUCAUCCGGGGCACGACAACCGCGGCGCACGUGAAGCGACCACAUCCAGACCCGUCAUCGCCCACCACACCAUUGUCGACAUGGCGACAGCCUCGCCCCCGAUCCAGACCGUCGGCCCGCUCGCAGGCGGCUACACGCUAACGUGCACCAUGUACGACAUGUGGAACGGCGUGGAGGAGGACCAGGAUGGCCACCUGCUCCGCUGCUACUGCGUCGGCCCCUACAACCCGUACACGUGGUCGACGGUGCACCUGAAUGAGAGGCUCGGAAACGACAACGGCCGCUUCGUUUGGUACUCCAAGGACUACCGCGGCUCAUGCGACAAGACCAUCCUCUGGAAGCAGCGCUAUUACAUGGCCAACUGCCUCAUGCUGAACGGCCAGGUGACGCUGGCCGAGAUCGACCUCAAUCUCUACAUACGCAACAUCAAUGGCAGCCUGGUGAUGAUGUGA